GACAGUCGAGGAACGAUACAUAUAUGCCCACAUCUUAAUAAACGUCCUAAAACUGAGGUUGUUGUGAACUGACAUCUGAGAACAGACUUCGGACAUACAAGAGAAGAAAAACGUCCUAAAACUGAGGUUGUUGUGAACUGACAUCUGAGCACAGACCUCGGACAUUCAAGAGAAGAACUACAAAAUGAGCACAGACUGGUCUCCUUCGUUGUGGAUGAACACUUUCGACGUAAUGUUGGAGGAAGAGUUGGAUUAUAACGACAGCUGGGUUUUUCAGUUCAACUACAGCCUCCAGGAAGACCUGUCGACAGCCGAGAGGAAACGGGGCUGGAAGAUCUACUGUGGCUGCGCAUUCGGACAGUUUAGGUGCGACACUUGUUCCAAAACCUGGCCUUCAGCCCGGGUCGUGGUUCUCUUCCAUUACCGGCUGCGGAGCGACCGUGGCACGGUCAUCAUGCGUCCGUUCGGACAGGCAUGCAGGCGUUGCAAGGGAGACUUCGAGUUGCCGGGUUUCUCCACAGAGGAGGUGGAGGAGGUCCUGCUAAAGCUAUUCCGCAAGAUCAGGAAGAAUUGCUAUGGCGAAGAGGAGGAGCAGGACAGCGAUUCCUGCUCGUCCGAAAAGGUGUGGACGAAACCGCACGAGAGUUCGCUGUGCGAGGCCUGCACUCAGGGAAUCUGCUGCGAAGAGGACUAGUGUACGUAACACAGCAUCAUCAUCAGCGGCAGUGCACUCUGU